UUUGUCAUGUUGGAAAUAAUUAUUUUUUAAUUAAUUUAGUUUUAUCUCAAAAUAAUCUUUUUGUGAAUAUUUUGUUACUUUAUAUUUCUUCUUUACUCAUUUCGUGACCACGAUGUUUACAAAAACAUUGUUUCCCGUAUUCGUUAAUUAUUCUGUUAAAGUUCUCCAAAUAAAUACUCUAGGAUCAAAGUAUAACAAAAUUAAUGCAGCACCAAGUUUGGAUAUUGUACGCUAUGCAGCUAGAAAAGGAACUCGAGCUGCUGCAUUAGCUAAAAAGAAGGCUCAGAAACUUGCACAACAAAAUAAACCAGAACCGAUUCCCAAACAUCUUCAACGCAAAGUAAGAGUAUCAAUUGAAUUGGAAAGGAAAAGAUGUACUGAUGAAAAUUGGUUGGACACUCAGCCGACUGAUAAUGUUUGGAAUAUGAAGUUAUUUCGUGGAAAGCCUUAUCCAUUUGCCGAAGCCAUUAAAAUGCACAGAGAUGCGCAUGUGCCUGAAAUGUUAAACGAUCCAUCUGCUCUUGUAUAUGCAAACAUUGAACUUGACUUGAAUUUGAAGAAGAAAAACCGUUAUAUAGAGGAUAUCACCGGUAUAUUAAGUUUCCCUCAUGAAUUCAAAACUGUAAGGAAAAACAGAAUUGCAGUAAUUUGUAAGAACCCAGAUGAUCAAGCUGCAGCUACUGAUGCAGGUGCAUCUUAUGCUGGUUCAGCAACACUGGUAAAACAGAUUUUAGCAGGUUCAGUAUCAAAGGAAGAUUUUGAUUUCCUCAUUUGCCACCCAGAUAUGUUAAAGGAAGUAAAUGCCCUCCGUGGCAUUUUAGCAAAAAAAUUUCCAAAUACUCGUAAUGGACUGUUGAGAUUAGAUAUAGCUGAAGCUGUUAAAAGUUUUCUUAAUGGUGUUGAGUAUAACUUGAAGCGUAGUAACCUUGAGAUUGAUUUUGGCUGGGUAGAUAUUCCAUUUGGACGAUUAGAUAUGCCUAUUGAGCAAUUAGAAGAGAAUUUCAGGUUUGCAUUGAACAGCGUUGAACAACAAAAACCUCCCAAUGCUAAAAGUAUACUGUUUAUUCUAAGAACUCUCCUGUUCUGUGAAAAUUCCAGGGAAAGAUUUAAAAUUCCUCAUUGGGAUUAUUUACCAAAUUAUCCUGUGAAUGGUGUUCUUAGGGAAGAGGUAGAAGAAGGGGAAGUUCAAGAUGAAGAAACUGUUAAAACUGCCCAAAAAGAGGAAUCUGCUCAACAAUAAGCAUUUAUUUAUUAAAAGACAAUAUGGCAUUUAAUGUCCAGUACAUCAUGUUAAUUUUUUAUUGUCAUUAGAAACUUUAAUACAUACAUCUUCCUUUAAGUAGAAAAAUGAACAAGGAAAUCUGUUAUUUCAAGUUAAUUUUGUAUUAUUUUACAAAGAUCAAUGUUUGUAUAAAAACCACCAGUUAGUUCUUUUAAAUUAAUGUAUAGUAAAAGAAUAAAUAAAAUUAUUCAAUGAA